CCCCUUCACUCGGACCAUGCCGCUGCCGCCGCCGCUGGCGCUGCUCGCGAGGCCGCGGUUCGGGGUCGUCGCGCUGCGGGCCCUGGGGGCGCGAGCGCACUCGGGGGGAGGAGCCCCCCCGGGGGGGGGGUUCGUCGCGGGGCCCCCCGCCGCGGGGCCCCCCGGCGCGUGGCAGAGCGCGGUGCACGCGGCCCGGCGCGAGGUCGGCUACCCGGGGUCGGUGCUCGGGCUCCGCGCGCUGCUGGGGGACGGCGCCAGCCACGCGGCCGGGAGGGCGGGGAGGCUGCGGCGCGCGGGGCACCCGCUGCUCAGCACGGCCACGGGCUUGGUUUGUGACAGCAGCCAGAUGGUUCAGAUGCGAGGCCUUGUCGUGCUUCUCAUGUCCAAAGCGGCCGGACCCAAACCCAGCAAGCAGCCCGACGGCAAGAUCUCCUCCGAUCCCGAGGUGAUGGUAGACGGCAUCUACCCAAGCCAGCGCAGCUUGGCGGAGAUUGCCGAGCUCAUCCACACUGCGUUUGCCGUGCACCGCGGCAUCGUGGAUGUCGCCGCCAUGGUACUCAGCGACGACUGCCGCGACGACAUGGAUUUUGGGAACAAGAUGGCAGUGCUUAGCGGUGACCUCCUGCUUGCGAACGCGUCCACGGGGCUGGCGCGCCUCAACAACACGCACGUUGUGGAGUUAAUGUCCAGCGCGAUUGGAGACCUCGUGCAGGGGUUGUUCUAUGAAGGAAGUGGAAGCGAAGGGGUUCCAGAGAAUGCCAGUGUCUGUGAUUAUCUGGACCGGACCUUCCUCUCCCACGGUGCCUUGCUUGCCAAGAGCUGCCAAGCGACGCUCGUGCUGGCCAAUCAGAGCGCUGAGCUGCAGCGGUCCGCGUUCAGCUACGGCAGGGACAUGGCGGCGGCGCACCAGCUGAAUCUGGACAUGCAGCCGUUUAUUGGGGUGGACAAUGAUGCGGUGCACUUCAGCUUUCACUCCGCGCCGGCGAUCCUGCACCAAGAGCGAGUGGGAACAAGAGCCUGGCAGAGCGCCGUCAAGAAGGCCACAGAUGCCUCGGGACGCAUUGACUUUGGAAAGCUGGCCUCCUCCCCGGAUGUGCGCCAGUCUGUGCUCGCCACGUCCCAGCUCUGCCACCUGCACGGAGAGCGGGCGCUGGCGGCGCUGGCGGCGCUGCCUCCGUCUCCGGCGCGCGACGCCCUCACCACGAUGGCGCACGCCGCCUCUGUGCUGUGAGAUGACGCUGCCCUCGACGUCACGGCCGACCCCACCCCACGCGUCAAACUACGGCGAUGUCCGGCACGAAUGAGCAUAGGCGGUGCUCGUCUCCCGUUUACGACCCCGAGCCGGUGGUGGAAAUUCCAUGUUACUAUGGUGGGGGGUGAGUCUCUCCACGGGACAACCCCUGUUGAAUUCCCUACAAAGUGGUACAUGUUUUUACGAUGGGCUGAAUCAUCCCCAACCGGGAUUUGAAUUCUCAACCCCCGCUCGCUUGUGCGCCGAGCCACGUGGCUGGACUCCCAAGCACAAUAUAACAUUUGACAAGGCCCUACGGCUGUAAAUUAAACAUAUAACAUACACAAAUACGGGAAAACCUUGCACAUGUCUGGAACACGGGGGGGGGGGGGUUUAUGCUGCUACGGUGUGAAUUAAUCGACUGAGAACGAUUUACAGUAUUUGUCAUGUGUUUGUGUGAUAAUGUAACGCACUCAACAUUCACAAUGGCACAACACAAAUAGGGUGCCGCGGUGGCGAGAUGUUAACUGCCUCGCCUGGUUUCCAGAUCGUGGGUUCAAUCGCGAUCCCGACCAACGCCUGUAUAUUCGGAGUUGACAUGUUUUCCCUGUGGUCACAUGGAUUUUUCUCCAGGUCCUCCAGUUUUUCCCUCCACGUUUAUAAACGUGCGUUUAAGAGUAUUUUGCUGCUAUAAAUUUCCACGUGAUAAGCCACUUCGUUGAGCUAUCAUUUGUGGCCAGGUUGCUUCUGAAAAGAGCUACACAGCUCAGUGGGCUUUACCUGGUAAAAUAAAAAAAAUGGUUUAGUUUAAAAUGUUGACAUUGUCGCAUGAUCCAGCCGCUCGGUCGUUGAGGACUGUCAGGUGCAGGCCUAGAUGGCGAAUCGUUAACAUUCAAGUAUCGGUGUCAGUGGCGAGCAUUGGGCGUUAAGUGCCGCUCGCUGUGCGUGAAAAGGAAUCGAGCCGGGGGUUUUGUGUCGAGGUUAAAUUGAAAAAUAAAGUGUAUGCACUGCAGAAAUAAAGAGCAAAUCACCAUCCCUUAGUACAAUACCAAGGUUGGAAAUCUUGUAGAAUUAGUUCAACAACGGAGGGGGCGGGUGAUUUCAUACCCAGGAACGCUACUCUAUUUUUCACCAUAAGGUCUAUUAUAUAUUUGUUGAAGAUGGUUUUGCCCAACACGGAAUAUUCCAGGGAUGUACCCCCCCCCCUUGUUUUUUCGUGGUCUGCCUGGACUCAAUGUGGAAGGGAUUGCAUCGGUAGUGGUGAGAUGGUUAUUUUAUGUGCUCGGACAGAGACUUUUUGAAAUCAAACACUUGUUAAAGUACACAGCUAAUUGUAUUUUCUAUGUUCUUAAGCUCAUGGUAGAACCCUACGCAGCAUCACUUAAAAUCUGCUUCGGACACUAAAGGUCUCAAACUGUUUGUUACAGCCUCAUAUUGCAAUACAUGACACUAUACAUAACUACUAUACACGACACUAUUGUUCCAGCCUCAAGUCGGUUCUUUGCUGUCGCCCCCUCAGUGUGGAACUCUAUAUCCCUAUGCAUAUCCGCAACAUCAGGCAGCCCUAAGCUUGGCUCCGCGCCUCUGAGUUCUUGACUUGUACACAAUCUGGCGUGUUAGAAAUGUCAUCAUUAUUAUUAAGGCCUGGGUACAAUGAUGCAAUUUGAGCACGAUUUAUGGUAUGCGAUGGUGUUUUGCGCUGUCCAUGGCAUCCCCACCGACACAUACGUGGUUACGUUGCUAAGUUGGCACCGUGCCGUCUCUCUUUACGCGUUUGAGCCCAGUUCUCAAUUUUUGCAGUUGGGGCAUAAUUGCAAUAAAACUACCAAUCGGUGGACGAGUUUGAGUCAUGUGACCACGUAGAGGAGUCUCUCUUCAACGUUGUGCGUGCGGCAGUUAGCAAGCCAUGUUAUGAACCCAGUGACCCGAGUUCAGUUUAACACGUCGGCUUUCACGACCAAUAUUCAUAAUAAAGGUUUUUUUUCGGUAAAGAGUAAUCCCUGCAGUCACGAAAGCUCCAAAUUAAGAUUGAACCACUUCUACGGGGAAGUUUUAAGCUUAUCUUUUUUCUCUCUCUCUGGGUUUUUUGUUUUCUCUCUCUGCCUGUGUCCUCUCUUUGGAAUUUUCACACUUAAAUUCUAACUUAGCAAUCUUUGAAAUACGUAAUCAACCAGGCUAUGCGUUAAUUGUGUGUUGACCGACUCUGUGUUGCAUUACAUUACAUUUCGAUAUUUUGCUAGGUUAUUUAAUUUUAGUGUGUCUCUCCCGUUCACCUAAUUUUCAAACUUGCGUACUGUACCACACGUCGUCUUCGUAAUUUUCAAGCUUGCGUACCGUACCACACGUCGUCGUACUCAUUGACAUGCUAAUUUUUUCUUUGCCCCCUCCCUCUCUCCGCCCCCGCCCCCCUCUCUCUAUUUAAGGCCCCGUCACAGAGACGAUCUCUCUUUGUGCCGAUACGUGUUCUCUCUCUGUGUAUCUUUGUGAUAUCUGUCUGCUUAUAUGACUGUCUAUAGUUUUCUGGUUAGAUUUUUGUUGCCAUUUCUUUUAUACCUGAUGAUUGCUUGUGUUGCAAUCGAAACGUCGUAGUAUGCUAUUAUUUAAUUUAUUAUUUUAUCUUUAUACAUGACUUUACCAAAAGAACCAAAGAGUAAUUAGUAAGGGAUUUGUCACGUAAACAAAAUGCCAAAUAGUUACCAGAGUUCACUGCCCACUCACGGCCAACACCAGCCACUAUCUGAACCGGUUGUAGGGCAUCCCCUAGGUUAAGUCAGCCAUAAAUGAGUACCCUGGUGUGAUGUGUAACAAUCACCACUGGCAAGACAAAGGCAGCCAGGCGUGGUACUAGCGAUACUUGCCCUAAUAGUUUAAGACUUUUAUGCUUGCGAGACUUGGAAUUCGAACCGUGUGUGAUCGACAUCGCUCUUGCUGAAGGUAUGCCUUCAGAUAAGUCGUGUAAUGUAUACGCAACUGCGCACAAUUUUGUGAGUUACUUAUUGCCGAUUAUGGACUCACCCUAUUGUCCUAUCAUCUCAUCGAGUCCCUGGCACAAUAAUAUGCUACACUGGCAGUGGUGGUCGCAAAAACCCGAUUUAUUACUAAUAAACCCCAAUGAUCUGAUCGAAAUUAGGGAUUUCAAUCGGAUCAUUGGGGGGGCACGUGCCAUCCCCCCCCCCCCCCCCCCCACUGGCUCUGCCAGUGAAUAAGGCCAUAACCCCAAAACCACAUGCACAAACAAAAACCAUGAAAACAGAUGCAGACACUUGAAGCACAAAUGGAAAAUUAAAAAGUUUUGGCUCGGUGUAAGGUGACUGCGAUCGCCGAGAACUAAACCAUGGAACAUCUAACGGCUGCAAUUCACUAACACGAAGGGGGCAUCGCAGCGCUACACUCGGCUGCUUCAAACGCAGUUGUUUGGCUCCACCACCUCAAUGUAAAAGUAUAGCUGUUGCUCUUCAUCAACACCAGCCAUACCAAGAAGACCAGAUUGGUGAUACUGAAUCUGUUGCACAACAAAAAUCCAUGACGGUUUUCACACAUUUAUUAACCAUUUAAAACCGCAAAACAAAGUUAUAGAAAAUAUUUAAUUCAGUCUACCAUGUCAGGUUUUAUGAACACGGUGGUGUAAUUAUGAACGAAUCCACGACAGUAUCUUGGCCAGCCUCCUGCUUUUGUAAUGGAAGAGUUAAGGUGGCCAACCAGGUGGCCAAAGCAGUGCCAAAUAAAAUGGGUGGCCGAGCACUGUCCAGUAACAGAGAUCUGUAACGGCCGAAAGUCUGGGCCAGAGCAGACCUUGUCCAGCGUCUCCUCGUGCCCUUGUAUUUUGUGGACAGCAGCUCCGGCACGAGCUUCAGAUGUCUCCACAUCGCUCGCAGGGCCAGGAAUCGCGUGGUGACGGCGGCCCCCCGCUUCACCCGACCAGGUCAAAGUCGUCUCUCUGCGGCGAAACAAAAGCAUAGCACGGCCAUGACGCGGCUGACACCAAUCGCUCAACAGCCACCACACCAGAGCUAUUGAGCGGCACGCUUGUAUUCUCCACUACGACACUCGUGAUUAUGUUAUUACGUGUUCUAUGAGACCCAUGUUGAACAGAGAAUCCUCGCCUAUAAACACCUGGUAGUUCACCAGCAUUGGUUAAAGUAAGCGCGACUGCUGAUGAGACAAUGUCAAAAACUGGCCCAGUUUGCUUGCGUUGAACCAAUGCUGCUGAAAUUCUGCACACCCAGAAGGCCAUGUGGCUGAUAGUAUGUUACGGAGGGACAGAUAUGUGAAGGAGACGUGUUACAUGCUUAGUUAUUUAGCUAACACCCUGGGGUCACGCUGUGCAUGACUGGGAGUUUGAAUGUCAAUACGUAUGAGUGACCAUCGAUUUUCCUUUGACUAACGUCGAUCUUUAACAAUGGGCACGACCAUCCACUCUUUAAAAUCUAUGACUGUACGCAUUUGUAGUGGUGGUGUUGACGUGCGCCGACAGUGAUGGAUCACGGGGCGGCACGGGGCGCGGGGUUGGGCACGCGAUGUGGGCGUGGUUUGGACGCGCGCGCCGGUGGUGAGGCGCGCUGACACGAGGUGCGAAAAGAGGAUCGUAGCCAGCGCCCAGUGAUUGGUCAAAUGGGAUGGGUGCUCUCAGCGACGUCCGCAGGAGGUGCUUAAAGGGGGACGCGCGAGAGCACUCGGGGUUGUUGUUAACCAGUUGAAGAUCGAAGACGGAGUGGAGGAGGUAGUGGCCCGAGACCCCUAGUCCCGCCGUCCUUGUCAGGACCGGGGCCCUGUGAGGCUCGGAGCCGAGACUGUGGGACCCGUGGUCCGACGCCCGUGUGGGUCGGGACGGUGGGACCCAGAGUCGAGACGGACACCCUGGCCGGGUGUGUUCCGAGAGGCUACGGGGCGUAAGAGCCCGUGUCGGUGUAGCCAGGAGAACUGUGUGGGUUAGGCUGGUGUUAGCCACCCGUGUAACUAAGUGGGUGUUAGUCACCCGUGUAACUAUAAGUUGGUGAAAUAAAAGAGUGUGCUACCCGUGAA